AUGACGAAAACAAAGGUCUUAGUGCUACAUCCCAACCCAGAUAAUCUCGAUGAUAUAAUAAAGAAGGCCAAUCUACAACAUCAGAAGAAUGGACCAUUCGAGGCAAUCAUUCUACUUGGUAUCCAUGAUAUUACACCGCCUCCAACAGUUCCUUCGGUCCCCACAUACUACUGCAGCACCACCAAGGAAGACAAAACCUUCACAGACAAAUCAGACAACUUCGUGUGUGUUUCUGGAGAUUAUAGCUUGCUCAAGCUUGCCUCCGGGAUCAAGAUAGGAUUUCUCAGCCAAUAUGGCGAGGAUGUUACUGAUGAGGUUGACAUACUCGUCUCCUUCCACUGGCCAUUGGCUGUCGCCAGAACCCAAGGCUUGUCGCUUAUCAGUGACGAAAGUGUCGACAAAGCCGCUUUAAGGCUAAAGCCUCGGUACCACUUUGUUGUGGGCUCGGAAAAGGGACGAUUCUACGAACAUCCAGCUUUCUCAUGGUCUGACACCAGGUCGUGCCGUGUGAUAUCACUAGGCCAAGAGGGUACCGGCAACAAGUGGUUUUAUGCUUUCGGAAUUGGCUUGGAAGCGGACAAUACGCAAUCUUACGGGAAGAAUCCUUACAGUACCACAGCCUCGACUACCGAGCAGGCAAAAGUUAUUGAGGAAGAGAAGUUGCAACCACUUAAGCGCCAGCACGAGACAGAAGAUGAUGAAUACGUUAAGCGUCCAAGGGUGGUUGCUCCACAAGACUGCUUUUUCUGUCUAUCUAAUCCAAACAUUGAAUCUCACAUGAUUGUGGCUAUCGGAAAGCACAGUUACCUUGCGACCGCUAAAGGCCCAAUGCCACUUCCACAGAGACCUCUUGACUUUUCCGGUCAUGCAAUCAUAAUACCUUUCGAUCACACGCCGACUCUUGAUGAACAAUCAGAACAGCGGGAGGAAAUGGCACAGUUUCAAAAGACAGUUUCAAAGGCUUUCUACGAGAAGUCUUUCGCUACGAUUUUCUUCCAAAUUAGCCGUCCUGAAAAUGUUCAUAUCCACACCCAGCUUAUACCUGUUCGUCUCGAUGGUGCUCAGGAACAGCUUGAGAGAUCUUUGAACGAACGUACUAGACAGAAUAAUGAAAAAGCGAAGUUCAACCAAAAUCUCGAGUUUACAUCUAACCCCAUUGCCGUCAGAGACAUCCUCAAAACAAAUAACUUCAUCAAAUUCAUUCUUUCGAUGGGAGAUGACAUAAAAGUCUAUGCAGCUCAACUUGUAUCAGAGAAGCCCGUCGAUUUACAGUUCCCAAGAAGGGUGAUGUCCUUCCAUCUCAAAUGCCCCAAACGCACGUAUUGGGAUAGAUGCAAACAAACCAAAGGCCAGGAAACCACCGAGUGCCAAAAGUUUAAGGCUUUUUACAAAGAUUACGAUUUCACUUCAUGA